CAGGAAGGCGAAACCUGCUGAUAGGAAGGGGUGUCCCCUCCCCUUGAUUGUAGGGUGCGCCAGUGCUCACGAGGUUCGGCGGCUGAAGUGCGCGUGCAGGUUGUCUAAAAGCCACAGGGAAGAUGGUGGAAAAUUCACCUUCGCCAUUGCCAGAAAGAGCGAUUUAUGGCUUUGUUCUUUUCUUAAGCUCCCAAUUUGGCUUCAUUCUGUAUCUCGUGUGGGCUUUUGUUCCUGAAUCUUGGCUAAACGCAUUAAGCUUAACCUAUUGGCCUCAAAAGUACUGGGCAGUUGCGCUGCCCGUCUACCUCCUCAUUACCAUAGUCAUCGGGUACGUACUCCUGUUUGGAGUAAACAUGAUGGACACCUCACCACUCAGCUCCAUUCAUACAGUCACAGAUAACUACGCCAAAAACCAGCAGCAGAAGGAGCACCAGGAGGAGGCCAUCCCGGCGCUAAGGGACAUCCCUAUUAGUGAAGUGAACCAAAUGUUCUUUCUUAGAACCAGAGAACUUCACACCCAAAGCUGAUUGUUGCCCCUUGCACGUGCCCUGACCCAGGAUCCAACCUACAACCUCGGGAUACCAAGACAAUGCUCUAACCAACUGAGCUACACAGCCAGGCCUGCAGAAUAAUGUUGUAAGAAUAAAAAUAAUUACAGGGCUGGUUCAAAAAUCAAACCUUCGGAAGGCACCUUUAGUAAACAAUUUGCAGCAACUUUCUCUAAUGCCUGAAGACUUCCAGCCUCGAUGAACAUGGGCAGUGAACUCUUUCGCCAAAAGCAGCAGGGUGCAAAGAGAUGUAUAGUGACCUGAUUAUGGGCGAGUUAUUGGAGACGGACAGACCGCCUGUUGAAUAGGUCUCAGUUACCACUCAGCACAUUGUUGAAAAGAGAACACAGGAAACACACUUGUAAAAUGAUGCGUAAACUCCUUUGGAGGGUUCGCACGGCACCUCGGAGACUCCUGAGCCUCUGCAGCAUUUUCAAGGACGCCCAUUUGCUCAGUUUUGAAACGGACGUCAGUUGAUAAAAGGCCAGCUCAACCAGCUUUAUUGCCCAGUCCCUACUCUUCUCAGAAAAACUAUGAAAUCUCUCUUCCAGCCUUCAGUGUUUUUCCAUAGUUACAAAAUACAUUAUCUUUGAGCAAAUUUUACUUUCAGCCAAAUUCCAUCUUGGUGACAUCUUGUCUCAAUCAGUAAGCCCCAGAGCCACAAGGGUUUCUCUCUUUUUUUAAAUCCUCCCCUGAGGAUAUGUUAUUGAUUUGAAAGAGAGAGAAAUGUUGAUGUGAGAGAGAAGCAUUGACGUGAGGAACAUCCAUCUGUUGCCUCAUACACACCCCACCUGACGGUUAAAUCAGCAAGUUUCGGUGUUCGAGACGACAUUGCAAUCGAGUCACCCGGCCAGGGCACAGAGGUUUCUUGAAAAGGGUUUGCAUGCUGGUCCUUCACAAGAAAGCUGAUCUGAAAACCCCUGUCUCAGGAUUGGACUUAAGCUGUCACAGUGUCCUUCUGCAUCUGCCAAAGAGCCCCGCCCGGGGAGUCCAGGAUGAGGUUGCCCUUGGCAUGUGUUACCAGAGAGGAGUAGGCGAGAAGUGCUGAUGCCACACGUGUCCCCGUAGGGCACUCGGGAGUCUUCCCCUGCUCUCAAGAUGCCCCCCCCCCCCCGCAGGAUCAAGCCCUGCCUGCCCUCCCACCCUCCCAGCAUGCCCCUGGCUCCUUCCGCUCCCCCUCCAUCGGCUUCCUUUCUGUCAGCCCCCCAUCUUCUCGCUCACCUCGGGGCCUUGGCACACAGCUGCUCCCUUGUCCGAGAAGCUCCUUUCCCAGCUCUUUGCAGGCUGGUUCCUCCUGAGCCUUCAGGUCGCAUCAGACACCACCCCCGUUAGACCAGGUCUGUCCUCAUUAUUCUCCGUCAUGUUUUUCAUGGCACAAAUUGCAAUUUGUAGUGCAGAACCAUGCUUCUCAACGUUUCUCUGGUUUGGGUGGGUUUUUCUUAAUUUCCAGUCCAUUGCAGCUCAAUACUUUUGUAAAAUAUCAUCAAUAAGAAUUAUUAGAAAAAUGAGAUGGAGCCCCAGCCCAGCAGCUCAUCUGGUUAGAGCAUGUCCCAGUGUACCAAGGUUUCGGGUUCAAUCCCCAGUUAGGGCACAUACUGGAAUCAACCAAUGAAUGCAGAAAUGAGUGAAAUAACUGGUCAACAUUUUUCUCUUUUUCUUUCUCUGUCAAAAAAAAAAAACAGAUGGAAAGAAAGACAACAGAAAUGUGAUUUUCUUUUUUUUACUCAAGUCAGUACAGUCUGUCAAAUUGCUAUAGAAAUUUAGAAACACUUCUCUCAAC